ACCCCGGUCGCAUUCACCGCAGCGGACGAACCACACGCGAACUGCAGGCGCUACAAGGGUACAUCACCCAACCGCGAGGUUCGCGACCCCGAUAACAUAGCAAUGCAAACGCGCAAUAGGUCCAGAUGAUGAGAAACCCAGGUGAGGCGCGGUGUAUUGCGGCGCGGACAAAGCGAAUCCUUGCGUAGGUGUGAGAUGAUAAGAGUCCUUCUUGACUGCUCACGCUUGAGUACACGAAAACCACUCACAGUCCCACUACCAAAAUGCUUCGAAAUACACUCUUCGCAGCUUUGCCGCUUCUCGUGGAGACUGCGUACCUUGACCCAUCGCUACAACAGCAGAAGCCUUUGCUGGACCCCAAGCCAGCGUCUGGCCGUGUGAUCCCCAUUACACUAGACCAUGAUCUUCGCUACACCUUCAUCAACUCUCCUCCUAUCUUCGACUUGAAGCCUCUCGAACACCUCCAGAACUCAAUGGCCAGCUACAGCGCCGGAGGACCCAUUCAAGAAACUAUACUCGUCAACAUCCCUCUCAACAGUUCACAGUCCGGCACCGCCACUUUCUACACCAUUUCUGAAUCAGAUUCAUGGUCGCAGGCUGCCAAUCAAUUCACUUGGAUGCAACAGGAACGACUACAUCUCCAACCCAUUCUCGGCGCUCAACUCCCCUUACUAGGUAUCGGCAUAAGAAAGAGCGGUAUGAUCUCUAUGUCUGCUGAAUCCGCCACUCUCGAUCUAAGCACACCAUAUAUCCAUGUUCCGAAAGGCAUUUGGGACGUCUUGCUACUGGCUACCAGUACAGAACAGCAAGCCAGAGAUGGCAAUGAGAUGCUGUAUGUUGAUUGUGGAGCUUUCAACAUCUUCCCUGACCUGGUAUUUGGGGUCGAGCGAGAGGAUUUUGAAGGAGGAGCUGAAGAGAAUGAUGGAGAGAACGAAGAGGACGACGAUGACGAUGUUGACGAACUGGUUGUCAAACCCGAACAAUACAUACUGCAGACCGCAGAUGGGAGAUGCAUGCUCCUAGCUAGAAACGCGGAUUCUUGUCAUGACGACAGGGGAAUAAUCAAACUUGGCUGGGCAGCGGUCAGAGGCCGUGAUGUGGUGUUGGAUUGGCAUGGGUCAAGGGUUGGCUUCGAAAAGCAGGCCUGAGAAUCUAAAGAGAGAAAGGAGCGAAGGAUGCUUGACACCUAUGGUCAUCAAGUUAAUGUUUAUAGUCUCUAGCGGAUGAAACGAAGUAAAUCGGUUUGACUUAUACCGCUUCGACAUUUCCGCGAGAGGAUAUUGAAGAACGGUACGGAGCCAUGCAGACAUGAGCAAAAGGUUCGCAUAUGGUGAAGGAGAAAGGCAUGUUACUAUAAACGAUCACUACUCGAUCUACAUCAAACAGAAACUCAGCGCGACAGCGCCGACAGAGACAAGCAGGUGAACCCAGCCUACUCUUAGUCCACUCGCCGCAUCCUCAUCAUCAUCACCCCCUUGCGCACUUCCAUCUCCGGAACUUUCCGGAUUCGAAUCUCCUUUUCCUUGUU